AAGUGGGUGUUUUCCUCUAAACUUGGGCCAUGAUUUCAAGGGCUCUGGAGCCCUCGGUCCGCUGCUAACGUGGGGUCUGGCCUGUCUUCAGCGUUCCUGGGACGUAACAUGUGUCCCCAAAGGCAGGAGUGGUUUAUACCUCUGGGACUUCUACUGCUGCCUCAUUUGCUCCUGGCAAACAUUCAAGAUGCUUCAGAUCAAAUGACUGUCAUCUCUGGCAGCAACGUGACUCUGAAAAUCUCCAAUGUGAUUCCUGACUACAAACAAUUAGCCUGGUUUUACAACGACAACCAGAAGAUUGUAGAACAGGAGUCCAAAGCCCCCAAAUACUUCAAGUCUCAGUUUAAGGACAGGGUCCGUCUUGGUGUUGACCACACACUCUUCAUCUAUAAUGUCCAGAAGGAGGACAGCAGCACCUACAUCCUGAAGGUGUUGAAGGAGUCUGGGAGAGAGAUAUCUAAGUACAUCUCACUGGAGGUGUUGGAUCCAGUACCUAAACCUGUCAUAAAGUUUGAGGAGACACAGGAAGAGAGCAACAGAUGUCAUCUGAAACUGUCAUGUGGGACCGAAGGCCUGUCUGUAAGCUGGUAUGGGGACUCGAGACCAUUUCCAAAGGAGAUCCAUAGUAAUGUGCUUGAAAUCACCGUUAAUCCACAGAAUUACUCCAGGAGUUACACCUGCCAAGUCAGCAAUGCUGUGAGCAGCAAGAAUGACACAGUCUACUUCACUUUACCCUGUAGUCUGGCCAGAUCCACUGGAGUAGCCUGGACUGCAACGUGGCUAGUGGUCAUGGUACCUAUUGUUCCUGGCCUCCUAUGGCCCUGAGAUGAGCUCUUCUAACUCAGGAGUGAAAGCUGAAGAUGGCUGGGUCUUGCCUUCAUCAGCCAGACAGGAGCUCUGGUUAUACGGGAUGGAAGAAAGUGUGCUGUUGGGGCAUCUACAAGGAUUUUCAAAUUAACUUUUAAAAAAUUAGAGUUAAGGGGUGCUUGGGUGGCUCAGUUGGUUAAGCAUCCGACUCUUGGUUUCGGCUCAGGUCAUGAUUUUACAGUUUUGAGAGUUCAAGUCCCCUCAUCGGGCUUUGCACUGGAAGAGUGGAGCCUCCUUGGGAUUCUCACUCUCUCUCUCUGCCCGUCUCCCACUCAGGUUGUCUUUGUCUCUCUCAACAUAAACAAAUAAACUUAAAAACAUUUUUUUAAAUGUUCAUUUAUUUUUAAGAGAGAGAGAGAGAGAGAGAAAGGAUGCGAGUCAGGGAGGGACACCGAGAGAGGGAAACACAGAAUCCGAGGCAGGCUCCAAGCUCUGAGCUGUCAGCACAGAGCCCAAUGUGGGGCUCAAACCCACAAACUGUGAGAUCAAGACCUGAGCUGAAGUUAGAUGUUUAACCAACUGAGCCGCCCAGGUGCCCCAAAAUAAAUAAAUAAACUUAAAAACAAACAAGCAAAUAAUUAAUUAAUUUAAUUAAAUAAAAAACUACAGUUGAUAUUUUA